GCAGAACAGAAUACUAGUUUUCUUUUUACCCCGCAGUAACCCCCCCAUUAUCGGAUAUAUCCCAUACUACCAGUAUAAAUACCCCUCCAUCUCCCUUUCCCCUGUUCCCCUCCAUCCCACACCAACACCUCCCUCACACACACAUUACUACAGACCCUGAUAAAAGAAAUACUCAGUGUUCCCCCUCCGAAGAACCUUCACCACAUUCACCCGCAAAAUGGCCCCUAUUGAACGUAUCACCCUCUUCAAGAUCCCCAAUGACGCGGACCGCGAUCGCGUCCUAGAGCAGUAUAAGGUUCUGGCUAAGACGGCUGUUAAAGACGGAAAACCCUACAUCCUCAGCUCGGCCGCGGGAGCCUCCAUCCCCGAUGAGCGCAACCAGGGCUGGAAUCUGUCUGUGAAGACGACGUUCGCGUCCCUGGAGGAUAUGGUCUACUAUGAUGAGCAGUGUGAGGCGCAUAAGGCGUUGAAGGCGGUUGUGGGACCUGUUCGGACGGAUAAGUUGACGACGUUCUUUGAGAGUGUGUUGUAGAUAUUUUUUUUAUUUUUUCUCUUUCUUAUUUCUACUGCAAUGUUAUGGUUUUAUGGUAUAGAUGAUAAUGGUCAAUGGUUUGAUUCAUGGUAUACAUCUAUUGGUUUCAUGCUACUACUUCACAUUUAGUUCUGUUCGGCACAUAAAACAAUAAUGUCAUCAUGUCACAGUGGUGAGAGGGAAAAGGGUCAGUUCGGUAUGUGUCAUGAGUGCCAGGUCGCUGCCGCUGCUGAUAA